ACAUUUUAUUUUUAGUGAGCGGCAUCGAUUUCCUACAAUAAUUUCAUCUAUUUUCGGUCUCGGACUGUUAGUGAGAAGUAGAAAGUGCUAAAACUAUGGGGAUUUUGGAAGUUAAAGACGAGUCAUCUCUUCAGACUGUUUUAUCUUCAGCUGGCAAUCAGCUGGUGGUACUGCAUUUUUCUGCAGCAUGGGCUCCCCAGUGUAAACAGAUGAAUGACGUUAUGGAGGAACUGUCCAAAGACUCACAAUACACCGGUGUACACUUCGCAAAGCUGGAAGCUGAAGACCUACCGGACAUCUCAGAAAAAUAUGAAAUAACAGCAGUGCCUACGUUUAUAUUCAUUAAGAGCAAAAGCCAGAUAGACAGAAUUGAUGGUGCUAAAGCUGCAGAUCUUACAAAGAAAGUCAAGCUUCUGUGUUCUGGAAGUACAGGCGUACCAUUACUAACUGAGGACAGAAAACCAGUACAGGACUUGAACAGCAAAUUGAAGAAUUUGAUCAAUUCAGCCCCAGUUUUGCUGUUUAUGAAGGGAGACCCUGAACAACCAAGAUGUGGUUUCAGCCGACAAAUAACACAGCUACUCAAGGAGAGAGGCAUCAAGUUCAGCUCAUUUGACAUUUUGCAAGAUGAGGAGGUCAGACAGGGUUUGAAGACAUACUCUAAUUGGCCCACAUAUCCACAGCUCUACGCAAACGGUGAAUUGUUAGGAGGACUAGAUAUAGUCAAAGAACUUAUAGAGUCAGGAGAGCUGGAGGCACAGCUACCCAAACCAAGCAGUCUAGAGGACAGAUUAAAAGCGCUUAUCAAUAAAUCAGAGGUGAUGUUGUUCAUGAAAGGAGAUCCCGACACCCCUCGUUGUGGAUUCAGUAAACAAAUGACAAGCAUUUUGGCAGACACAGGAGUGAAGUAUGACACAUUUGAUAUUCUUACGGAUGAUGAAGUCAGACAAGGACUAAAGACAUAUUCCAAUUGGCCAACCUUCCCACAGCUUUAUGUUAAAGGAGAGCUGAUUGGUGGAUUAGAUAUUGUCAAUGAACUGAAAGAUUCGGAGGAACUGGAGUCGGUGUUGAAGGGACAAUGGUGUGUAAUAUCGGAGGCUGAAAAAGAAAAAUGUUUGAGUUUGAAGAAAGUAGCUGCCUCCUUGGUGACGAGCAAGGUGCCAAAUUACCAGGUUAUACCUCUGGUGGACUGUGUCGAAGGAAGCGAUAUGUAUGCUUGUAUGAAGAAGAUUCAGGACAAUGAUGCAGAUGUUAUGUCUCUCGAUACGGGACAGGCCUACUUUGGGGGUCGUUACUACAACAUGAUGCCCAUCUUAGCGGAAAAAUACAGCCUUGCCGACACAGAUCCAGAUGAGAGCAUGCAGUACUAUUCAGUAGUUGUGGCCAAGAGAGGGUCUCAGUUCAAUGUGUUUCAACUCAAAGACAAGAGGGCCUGCUUCCCAGGGGUUGGAACAGCAGCUGGUUGGCUGUACCCGAUUGGUACAUUCGUGGAGAAAAAUGGGAAAACUAACAUAAUGCAGGUUACAGAGUGCAAUGCCAUUGUCAAAACAGCCACAGACUUCUUCAAAUCCAUGUGCUUGCCCGGAGCGUUGACAUCAUUCUACAAUCCAUUUGGAAACAAUCCAGCUCGUAUUUGUGAGUUGUGUUCGGGAUUCUUGGAGAAGAAAUGUUCGACAGAUGAUCCCUUUGCUGGUUAUGAUGGUGCCUUCAAAUGCAUGUCUUCUGAUGCAGGGGAUGUGGCGUUCCUACGACACGACACAGUAUCGCUGAUGGCGAUUAACUCCACUUACAGAGAAGAUAAUUAUGAACUACUGUGUCCAGGUGGCAUGAGAAUGCCAGUGAGAGAGUACAAAACCUGCAACUACGGGUCCAUCCCAUCCAACACUGUCAUGACCUCAUCCCUGAAAACCAAAACAGAAAUCGACGUCUACAAAAACUUCCUGCUCCAAGCUGCUCAGUGGUUUGGUCCUGGUGGGACGUAUGUGAACCAGUUUAGCAUGUUUAGUUCUGCCGGGCCCUGGGCAUACUUUGAUCGCAAAAAUCUGCUGUUCACAGACAGUACUCAGACUUUAGUGGAUGUUGGAGAGAAAAAUACCUACUACAGCUGGGUUGAUAAUGACUUCUACCAGAUCAUGGAGAACCUGAAUGCCUGUCCUUUACUGACGGCUAGACUCUGUGUGAUCUCGAAACAAGAGAAGGAAAAGUGUGAGAAGAUGCUGAUGGCAUUUAAUGCUAAAGAUUUACGACCUAGCUUGGACUGUAUCAAGGGUACUGGGGCUGAUCACUGUAUGCAGCUGAUCACCAGGGGAGAUGCUGACAUGAUGGUACUGGACCCAGGGGAUGUUUAUCUGGCUGGAAAGAAAUAUGGCUUGGAACCGUUCAUAGUGGAAGAUUAUGGUAACAUGAAUGCCACUGUCCAUGUGGUAGCUGUAGCCAGGAAAAGGGAUCACUACAUGACAUUGUUCAACCUCAAAAAAAAGAGAGCCUGUCUGCCAGGAAUUGGGCGGGGAGAUGGUUGGAUCAUUCCAAUGAACAUCUUCAUAGAGACGGAACAGUUCAUUCCACAGCACUGCACUCUCUUUGAGAAUAUGGGCCAGCUGUUUAUUCGGUCAUGUAUCCCAGGCGCGAUGGACAAGGAUUACAAUCCAAACCAGAAACCGGUCAGUCUGUGUGAGGGCUGUGCUGCUGGAGGUUUCAGGAAGUGUCAGAGAACCAGUGAGGAUCAGUACUUCAGCUCCAGUGGGGCCUUCCGGUGUUUAGUAGAAAAGGGUGGAGACAUUGCUUUUGUGAGACAUCUGACAGUGAGAGACAACACUGAUGGUCGGAGACAGUCGUACUGGGCCAGGAACAGAAGGUCUGACGACUAUGAAUUAAUGUGUAAAGAUGGUCGCAGGACCAACAUCGACGACUGGGAGAACUGUCACUUGGGCCAGAUUCCUGCAAACGCCAUUGUCACAGCCAAAUACAAAAGUGAACAAGACCGAGUCAUAUUCUGGAAUCUCCUGAACUAUGGCCAGCAGUUCUUUUCAUCAGAUAUUGAGGGAGACUUCCAUUUGUUCGACUCUGGUAAAUGGUACAAUGAUCUGAUAUUUACCGACGAUGCUGUCCGGCUGAUGCGACUACCAAAGAGCAAGCAGGACUAUAGGAAUUAUCUUGGACAGGACUUCAUUAACAAAGUGGAGAACCUUCACAAGUACACCUGUGUCCCAGUCAAACCUAGCUCUGCCUCACCAGUGUCUGUUUCCAUCAUUCUCAUGGCAGCUUUCGUCAUAUUUCAGCGGGUUUUAUAACAGUCCUGUAUCAGUGACACCAGUGAUAUCUCAUUUCCAUGGUAGAAAGUUGUGUAUGUGUCUUUCAAAUUAUUUGAUAUCCAUCUCUUCCGUCUGUGAGAAUGGCGUGUAAUGUAUAACCAGUGUGAGAAUUGUGUAAUCGAAUAAGUGUAGUCUUUUUACCUACAUGUAUAUAUUAUCGUAGAACCAUUGUCAUAUAUAUCAUACUCUGGGGGUGAAGAAUGUAAAAAAAAAAAAAAAUGAGAGACCAUUGCAUGUUGGCAAAUUCUUCCUCCAAAUCACCUCAUUCAAGGAAAGGUUGUGCUUUUAUUCUGUACAUUACCAUUAUAGUAACUAGACACUGUAUCUAUAGUGCACUUAGAUAGAUCUAACCAUAGGAAACCCAAGUAAACAUAAAGCAAUCAGUAAUACAAAUGUGAUUCUGAAUACCAUGACAAACUACAGUCUACUCUGGAUAUCCUGAAAUUUUGGCAGACGCUGGCUGUUGGACAGCAGGGCCCGACCUCGGGCAGUCGCUCAUUUUAUGUUGACCUCUAUGCAGAAAGUUCACAGCCAGAGCAUAAAACAUGAACUGCAUAGUCGUCCACUAACGUUUACUGAAUGAAGAUGCAUUAUUAAGAACUUGGUUUAAGGUGGUCUCAGUUAUCAUAGAAAAUGAUUUUCUACUUGUAAUAAAAUAUUGUAUUAUAAGUUUCUGUUACGCAGAUGUAAGAAACUCCGAUUUGAAAGACUUUACAAUGAUUCUAUGCAACCAGUUUCAAAAUAUCCAAUAUCAUACAUACAGUGCUGAAAGAGAUCCAGUUAUUGUAUAUUAGAUAUUCUCUUGAAGUAAAAGUGUAUCAUUAUUGAUUUUAAAGAGGGGGUGCAUUUGCCGCUCACUAAUGACUUCAAUAAGUGUGGGGUAGGCUGGAAAAUAGUCAUAAACCAAUGAUUUGAUGAUACUUUUACAACAUUUCUGUAAAUAUUCCAUAUACAUGUAUUUUAUCUGGUGCCAUCUGUGUGUAUAGCCUACAUAAUUGAUUUGAAUGCUAGUAUGUAGUACACAGAAGUAUGACGUCGUGUGAAUGAGGAAGUGCUUUUUGUAAAUACUGUUAUUUUUUAUACAGAUCAUUUUUAUUAGUAUAAUAAUGUAUUGUGUAUCCUCAGACUUUGAUAAGGCUAAAAUUAAAAUGCUGUUUGUUUACCCUUGACCCACUAAAAUAUCUGGAAUAUUGUACAUGUGUUGCACUUAAGCGUAAUUCUGUAAACAGAUUGUUGUUAAUAUUGAGAGGGGACAAAGACAUUUUUAAUGGUGGCCUUUACUAAUAUUUAACAGAUUUAUUUACAUGCUGUUUGCAAGAAGACUCUAUACAUCAGAAAGUCACCAUUUUUAGUUUAUACUACUUCCUUGAAUUGAAACAAAUGUAAACCCAGGCACAACAGCCUCCAAUGUAUACAGAGACAUUCCUCAACAAAAUUAACAUAUGGCAUUAAUUAAUAUGUAUUGCAGAUAUACUGGAUAGUUCAUCUAGACACAAAUAAAGAAACAAAAAGUC